CGUCUUCUCCCCUCGCUCUGAGAGAAGAGGAGAGCGUCGGUCGAUCCAUGGCGGGGAAGCGCGUCUCUUUCCCAAACCCUAGGAAUUAUCCUUCCUCCUCCUCCCCCUGGGCUAAGCCUUCCACUCUCAUAUUCGGCCUCACGGUCGCCGUCCUGAUCCUCACCUCCUUCCUCUUCUACUCCUACACUCGCCAGCAGAACCCUAGAUUUGCCAUCACCAACUCUUACGCUCGAUACACAGUCCCCCAAUACUCCUUCGUUGCUUCCCUUGAGGAAUUCCUCAACACUAGGGCGCCAUUGCUGGGAUCUGAGCGGGAAUCGGACGGAAGUGCAGCGGCUGGAUCCUCGAAGUUCGGGGCCGAUCCGGUUUUCGACGAGCGGGCGCUUGAUCCAUCGGUGCUUAAGGUUUAUGUUUAUGAAAUGCCGUCGAAGUUCACGUACGAUCUGUUGUGGCUAUUUAGAAAUACGUACAAAGAGACCGAGAAUCUGACUUCGAACGGUAGUCCUGUCCACAGACUGAUUGAACAGCAUUCAAUUGAUUAUUGGCUGUGGGCAGACUUGAUUGCUCCUGAACCUUCAAGGCUGUUGAAGAAUGUGAUUCGGGUUCAAAGUCAAGAGGAGGCAGACCUGUUCUACAUUCCAUUCUUCACAACUAUCAGCUUCUUUUUAAUGGAGAAGCAGCAAUGCAAGAGACUAUACAGGGAGGCAUUGAAAUGGGUCACAGACCAGCCGUCUUGGAAAAGAUCUGAAGGGAGGGAUCAUAUACUACCUGUUCACCAUCCGUGGUCUUUCAAAUCUGUCAGGAGAUUUAUGAAGAAAGCCAUUUGGCUUCUACCUGAUAUGGACUCAACAGGCAACUGGUACAAGCCUGGUCAAGUAUAUCUGGAAAAGGAUGUGAUUCUUCCAUAUGUUGCUAACGUUGAUGUUUGUGAUGCCAAAUGCUUAUCAGUAACAGAAUCUCAAAGGAAGACUCUGAUCUUCUUUCGUGGAAGGCUGAAAAGGAAUGCUGGAGGAAAAAUUCGGGCCAAACUUGUGGAUGAACUCAGAAACAAGGAGAGUGUUAUUAUUGAGGAGGGAACUAUUGGUCAAGCAGGGAAAAAAGCUUCUCAGGAUGGCAUGCGCAGCUCCGUUUUCUGCUUAAGUCCUGCUGGCGACACUCCAUCAUCAGCUAGGUUGUUUGAUGCUAUUGUUAGUGGAUGCAUCCCUGUUAUUGUUAGUGAUGAACUAGAACUCCCCUUUGAAGGAUUACUUAAUUACAAUAAGAUGGCGGUAUUUGUUUCAUCACGUGAUGCUUUACAACCAGGCUGGCUUCUUGCACACUUAAAGGCUAUUGAUCCUAGUCAAAUCAGAGAUAUGCGUGUCAAUCUUGCUCAGUCUGUCAGGCAUUUUCUUUAUUCAAGUCCAGCUCAACCAUUGGGUCCGGAGGAUUUGACCUGGCGAAUGAUAGCAGGGAAGCUCCUGAACAUCAAAUUGCACAUUCGUCGCUCCCAGCGAAUGGUUGAAGGAUCAAGGAACGUGUGCACGUGCGAGUGCAGGGUAGGAAAUCGUACUACGACCAGUCCUCAGGACCCCUAAAAUGUAACUCACCAAUACCAUGGGCCAUUGGGGCUGAGUUAGAUUGACAUGUUUAUUUUUUUUUGGCAAUGUUCGAGAAUGUGAAAUGCUUAAUUCGAGCAUUGUUUUCCCAUUCUUUUUGUACUGGUUCGACGAACAUGAAUCCUAAGGAAUGUUUCCCGUUUGCAAGCA